AUGAUUAAUAAAUUAAGAAAGUUAAUUGCAAAAAAAAAUGGAACCAGAUACUACUACAAAUACUUCAUUUUGAAAUGGAUUAGUUCAAUAUCAAUUAUAAUUCUAGAGAAAUCCUUCCUUAUUUUGGGCAAAUUGUCGACUAUUAUUUUGGCUAUUUUGCUUUAACAGUUUAAUCUAAAAUCAAUAGAGUUGCCAUAUUAAAAAAAGACUAUUCUUAGAACUUUACAAUAAGACUUGGUUUCCAAAAAAAAUAAAGGAUGA